UGAUAAUAAUAAAAAAUCAAUGUUACAUCUCAGAUUUAUUAUUAUCAACGAUAAUAAUGGUAGAGAUGAAUAAAAAAAAAGUUUCAAAUGUUUUGAUUCUGAUACUAUUGUUCGGAUCAAUUAAUUUAAUUGAAUUACCAUCUAAAUGUGGUCGAAGAAUUAAUCACUCAUUAUUAGAAUAUCGAAUUGUCGGUGGUGAUUUGUCACAAAUUAACCAAUGGCCAUGGCAAGUAUUCAUCAAUAUUACAGUUGAUUUUGGUCUCAUAGCCAAACAGAUUAAUUGUGGUGGUUCGAUUGUGAAUGAAAAUUGGAUUCUUACCGCUGCACAUUGUGUUCCCCAUUUCGUUCGAUCUGGAUUGAAAGUGAAUAUCGAAGCGAUUUUUGGUGCAGUGGAUUUGAAAAACAGUAAUGGCAUACGUCGAAAAGUUGUCCGUUGGUUGGCCCACGAAAAGUUCGAUUAUGUGAACAAACAAAACGAUAUAGCGCUAAUGCAGUUAAAUGAAAGUGUUUCGUUUGAUGACAAUACAAAGUUAGCUCCAAUUUGUCUGUCUAAAUUAGAUCACAGUAAACUUAGAAUACCGAUCUGUUAUGCAACUGGAUUUGGUUUUGAGAAUCGAUUUUUUCGACAAAAUGAUCAUCAAUUACGACAUGUUAAAGAGUUAAUUAUAGAUGAAAGAAAAUGCCGUCAAUAUUAUCCCGACAUCAAUAAUAGUACACAAAUUUGUGUCGAUGCAGAUCUUGGUGGUGGCCAUGGGACUUGUUUGGGUGAUUCAGGAGGUCCAUUACAAUGUUUUCAUACAGACAAAAAUCGAUGGUAUCAGAUUGGAUUAAUUUCAUAUGGGGAACCUUGUGCAUUACCCGAAACGCCUGAUGUUUUUACAAAAAUCGAAUAUUUUUAUGAUUGGAUAUUACAGCAACAAUAGACGUUUAUUGAAUAAAAAUAUUUUUAUUUAUCUA